AUAUAAAGCAACACACCUCUGUAAUCUUUAUUUCAAGUAUUGUACUACAGGAGGUUCGUCGCAGUGGCAGAUGUGUAUAUUUUGUAUUACAAUUUAAAUCAAAAUGAGGGAAAUUGUACAUCUGCAGGCUGGACAGUGUGGGAAUCAAAUUGGAGCCAAGUUUUGGGAAGUGAUAAGUGACGAACAUGGCAUUGACCCCACUGGAACGUACCACGGGGAUAGCGAUCUUCAGUUGGAGAGAAUCAAUGUGUACUACAACGAAGCAACAGGGGGAAAGUAUGUUCCCCGUGCAGUGUUGGUGGACUUGGAGCCUGGCACCAUGGACUCCGUGAGGUCGGGUCCAUUUGGACAGAUUUUUCGACCUGAUAACUUUGUCUUUGGCCAAAGUGGUGCAGGAAACAACUGGGCCAAGGGCCAUUACACAGAGGGGGCAGAGCUAGUGGAUUCAGUCCUGGAUGUGGUGAGAAAGGAGGCAGAGAGCUGUGACUGUCUCCAGGGAUUCCAGCUUACCCACUCCCUGGGUGGGGGUACUGGCUCUGGCAUGGGCACUCUACUCGUUAGUAAGAUACGUGAAGAGUACCCCGAUCGCAUCAUGAACACAUUUAGUGUGGUACCUUCGCCCAAAGUAUCAGACACUGUGGUCGAGCCCUACAACGCUACCCUCUCUGUCCACCAGCUGGUGGAAAAUACAGAUGAGACCUUCUGCAUCGACAAUGAGGCUCUUUAUGAUAUCUGCUUCCGCACUCUCAAACUUACCACACCCACAUAUGGCGACCUCAACCACUUGGUUUCUGCCACCAUGAGCGGAGUCACCACAUGCCUCCGUUUUCCUGGCCAGCUCAACGCUGACCUCCGCAAACUGGCUGUCAACAUGGUACCUUUCCCCCGUUUGCACUUCUUUAUUCCAGGAUUUGCCCCCCUUACAAGCAGGGGGAGCCAACAGUAUCGUGCCCUGACAGUGCCUGAGCUCACCCAGCAAAUGUUUGAUGCCAAGAACAUGAUGGCAGCCUGUGACCCUCGCCACGGGCGUUACCUGACCGUUGCAGCUAUCUUCCGGGGUCGCAUGUCCAUGAAGGAGGUGGACGAGCAGAUGCUGAACGUGCAGAACAAAAACAGUAGCUAUUUUGUUGAGUGGAUCCCAAACAACGUCAAGACUGCUGUGUGUGACAUCCCACCCCGUGGUCUCAAGAUGGCCGCCACCUUCAUCGGCAAUAGCACAGCUAUUCAGGAGCUGUUCAAGCGCAUCUCUGAGCAGUUUACUGCUAUGUUUCGGCGCAAGGCCUUCCUGCACUGGUACACCGGCGAGGGCAUGGAUGAGAUGGAGUUCACUGAGGCUGAGAGCAACAUGAACGACCUGGUGUCUGAGUACCAGCAGUACCAGGAUGCCACCGCUGAGGAAGAGGGCGAGUUUGAGGAGGAAGGAGAGGAGGAGCUGGCUUGAGGAGGAAGGAAAGGAGCAGCUGUCUAAACACACGUCCAAGUACUCCACUUGCCUUCAGGAUUCCUGUGUUUGUCAGUCUGUCUCUCUUUUUAACAUUUCACUUUUGGCAUUCAUAAUCUCUUUUGACCAAAUAUCUAUUAAACGCCUACUUUCAUGGCAA